AUAAUAGCAUCGACAGUACCACUUCAACCUCCGAAGAGAUAAGUCGUGCCACUCAGUCUAAAGCCUCGCUUCGCGUAAGCCCAAAACUCUUAUCAGCAAAAUCUUGAUAAACAAAUAUCAACCACAAAGAGAAAAUAAAAAACUUAACAACAAAAACAACAAUACCGCUAAUCCGGGCUCAAGCCCUUAACCAACAAUCAUGACAGACCCACCAAACAUUUACAAAAUCACUUCAAAAACAUACCAAUCCCAAUUAGGCGAACCUAAAUUUAUAAUUAUUAAAAGAAAUGACAACAACUCUUUCGAAAGAACUUCACCAUUCAUCAUAAAAAAAUCGGUGGACUUUGCCUGUGGAGGAGAAGUUGAGGGAUGCAAACGUACAAGAGACGGCAACCUGCUAAUAAAAACCAAAAAUGAAUUACAAGCCAGAAAACUCCUAAAACUAACAAAAAUUGCAGAUGUGGAUGUAACAGCAAGUGAACAUAAAACAUUAAACUUCUCUAAGGGAGUUAUUUACUGUAACGACCUUAGACACAUCGACGAAGACACAAUUCUACAAGAACUAAAACCACAAAAAGUAUCUGAAGUUAAAAAAAUAAUGAAACGGCAAAACCCCAACUCUAACUCCGACACCAACAACAUCACAUUAGUUGAAACUGGACUUAUAAUUAUAACCUUUGAAUCGCAUAAGCUCCCCGAGAUAGUACGAAUCGGGUACGAAACAGUCCGAGUACGAGACUAUAUCCCACUCCCACUUCGAUGCAAAAAAUGCCUCCGCUUCGGUCAUCCAACACCCAUAUGCAAAAGUGUAGAAACUUGCAUCAAUUGCUCUGAAACAAAACACACAACCGACGGAGAAAAAUGCACAAACGAAAAAAACUGCUUAAAUUGCCGAAAUAACCCAGAACUUGACCAUCAACACAGCCCAAUUGACCGCAAAUGCCCUACGUUCAUAAAAAACCAGGAAUUAACAGCAAUUAAAACCACACAAAAAGUUGACCAUAAAACGGCCCAACACAUAUAUUUCGAACGUCACGGCUUCCAAACGAAAAACACCUACGCCAAAACACUUACAAACGGCACAACCCAGAGGACAACAAACACUCCAUCACCUAAUAUUCACACAAACACAACCCAAUCACAACACCAAAAUCCGCACCACACACCCAAAUCAGCAGCACAAAACACUUCAUCUAAGACACCAACAACUGAACCAGCCAAAACAACCUUACUAUCCAACCAACCACACCAACACCACCACCACCACAGCUACGACAAACUAGAAGACAUGGAUACCGACUACACACCUACCAGAAAACCAUCUACGGCAUACUCAUCACAACUCACAGAAGACCUAAAAAUAAAAAUCUUCCCGAAAGAUAAGUCCAAUAACCUAUCCAUAAACCUUAAAGCAUCUAAACUAAAGGCCAAAGCCCACAAAAACAAACACACUAACAACAGCGACAGCGAAUCCAUAUAGAACCUUAAACUCUACACAAAACCCUAACCGUUAACACUACCUUUAAGUAAGUUAUAAGCUUUAAUUUUCUCUCAAAUGUCACUAACUAUAAUCCAAUGGAAUCUAAAAGGAUAUCUAAACAACUACAGCCAUCUCCUUAUUCUAAUCAAAAAAUACUCCCCUCACAUAAUUUCCCUCCAAGAAACCCAUAUACAAUACACUAAUAACAUCCCAACCCCAAUAAACUACAAACUAUUAACAAAUAUUGCCACCAACAGAUUUGGGGGCGUAGCACUACUAGUGCAUAAGUCAAUACAACACACUGUCCUCAACAUAACAAUCGAUAUAGAAGCAAUAGCCAUAAAUAUAGAAUCUAAACUUAAAUUAAACAUAUUUUCCACAUACAUUUCUCCGACCAAAAACAUAACUAACCAGACACUCCAUAACACAUUUAACAUACAACAAACACCCUCUCUAAUUACGGGAGAUUUUAAUGGAUGGCACCCAUCCUGGGACUCCCCAACAACA